AUAAAUUAGGAAAAAUACCAACUCUAGACUUGCGCAAGUAACCAAGGAAUGUAUUAUAUAAAGAUUAUGUUGAGUUUCAUUAUGCUGCUGGCGAUAUUAGUAAUUACAACGGAAGGGCGCAACAAGAAGGUGGUGAUCCACGUGCCGUACAAAGUGAAGAAGAUCAGACACACGCACACGGUGUACAAGACGAUACACCAUCACCACACGCACCACGAACCCCACGUAGACCACGAAGAACACGAGCAUUUCCACCACAUGCACAUACACGAUGAGCCGCCUUCAGGGCAGCACAGCCAGCCGGUCCCGGGGAUCGGGAUCCCGGAAUUUCUUCCGGACCUUCCGGAUUCCGCGCUCGACAUCCCUGAUGUGCCGUCUCACGAGUAUCCAGUCUUACCCGGUCGUCACAUCGCACAUGUUCCGCUCUAUAGAAGGAAUUAGAGUAAACAUCAAAACUAUUGUUGUGAGGUGUGACCAGCCAUAAUCAAAAAUGCGUUACGAAAAAAUAUUUAUAAACUCUUCAAUCGGCAAAUAUUGUAACGUAUUGUAAUCACGAAAUAUAUAAAAAGGUAUGAUUUGACAGCUUCAAACAUAUACUUAAUUAAGUUGUUAGAAUAUACGGAAACUUAAAAUAUUGUACAAAUAAAUAGUAAAAAUAAAUCUGCUCUACGUUUCUGUAAACUAAAGACUGACUUGACUAUUGUAACUAAUUUACUAGAACUAUCCUUAGAUAAGUAUUAUAGGGACUUUGAUAAAUGCUGAAUAAUGCAAUGGAAUAAUUUAAUUCUACUCUUUGAGUCUUGUAUUCGAAUCGGUGACUCCUUUUUGUAUUAUUCCGAUAUUUGAACCAGUCGAUACGGUCAUAAAACGCCACCGAGCUGUGACUCAUUGAAAUGUAAUUUUACACGACUGUUAUGAUAUUUUAAUAUGCUUAUAACUUGCUGCUGAUUUAUUCUUUUUAGGACAAUAUGGUCCUUAUAAGUGCACGAGUAUUUAUAACGCAAGCUGGCAUCAUCUUUUUUCCUGGUGCUAGCGAAAUUCGUUAAUCUUCAUUAGAAUUCGUAGAUAUAUUAUAUUACUCCCAGAUUAGUUUGCGAAAACGAAUAAUAAUAAUUGAAUGCUCUUGAUAUUGUAUUAUCUUCCAAUUUCCACUUUAUUUAAAAGACAAAGCUGGCGAACGCAUCGAUUAAUUAUCAUAUGUUUUAUUAUAUAAGUUUAGGUAAUUGGUUACUGAUAAAUAAAG